UGCUCGGCGCCGGGUUAUUAUCGAGGUGGAAUUGCGAAUGGCGAAGUUGUUUGUCUUCAUUUGUCUCAACCUGUUGGCUGUCUCGAUGGCGGGACGUGGCAGGUGCCCCUCGAGGUGUACGUGCUUCGAAAGUUACAAGUCGUAUACUGUGACGUGCACCGACUUAUUCUUGAAGCGUCUUCCUCGGAAUCUUCCUUCGAAAACGACCGCUUUGAAUUUCAGUGGUAACCAGCUGCUCGAGUUGGACAACCGAGUAUUUAGAGGUCUAAAAGAACUGAGGAUGUUACGGAUUAGUCGCAACGUUAUCAGCUACGUUGAUAAGGACGCCUUCAGUGGCUUGUCAAAGCUGGAAGAGAUAGACCUAAGAGGGAACGUUAUCACUGCACUAGCUCCUGAAACCUUUAGGAGUCAGAACAGGCUGAAAUCGAUUAAUCUGGCGUAUAACAAGAUCAGCAACUUGGAUUCCAUUUCCAAGUCUUUUGUUCACCUGCCAUCAUUAGAGUCAUUAACACUGACUGGAAAUCAGAUACGUACCCUUCCCGCCAAUGCCUUCCAGAAAACGAAGAAACUACAGGAAUUGUAUUUGUCUCAUAACCCACUGAGAAGUGUGUCAGAUCAAGCAUUUGUUGAGCAAGGGGAACACCGUGUUCUAAACAAACUUGUUAUGAGCUACACAGAGUUGACAGACUUCCCUAGCAGUGCCCUGGCUGACAUCACAAUAAGACAACUAGAUAUCUCUCAUGGACAAAUACGUCAUAUAGACCAAGCAGCCCUGAAUGUAGUUCGGCGGAUGGACAGCAGAGAUCUCAUUUGGGAAGGCAAUCCUCUGAAGUGUGACUGCAAAAGUGUUCAGCUGUGGCUUCAUGUUCGUGCGUUUGGUAGCAAUCAUAGUCCAAUAACUUGUGCAUCUCCUCACGAAGUUGCUGGCAUGGAUAUCUACUAUGUGCAAAAGGACAGUCUUGUGUGUGGUAUGAGUGAUUCACCAAGGUUUGUGAGGCAACCAGUUAGUACGUCUAUUCAUAUUGGUGGUGCUGUGGUGCUAGUAUGCCAGGCUGAUGGUAAUCCAGACCCUGGCAUUAGCUGGUUGAAAAACAAUGAGCCUUUACCUACUAAUCACUGCGGCAUGAAGUAUUACAAAACCUGCACUGGAUCUUUGGUAAUUUAUGAUGUCAAUGCCAAUGAUGUGGGAGAGUAUGUUUGCAUCAUCAAGGAUAAGGCUCACCCUAUAGCAUUGAAAAGUAAACCCGCAACACUUACUAUUGUACAACCAUGUAAUGGGACAGUCGUACAUGAUUAUCAAGCAAACAGAAACGAUGAUAAUGACGAGCAAGAGAGCGUUCAGACAUCUGGCAGUGGUAGUGAUGAUGACAGUGAGGACGACUAUGAGACAGAUGUUGAGUUGUUGAGUCGGAUUUCUGAUGGUAACAUUUGUUCUGAUCCUGGAAUUCCAGCGAAUGGUCAUCGCUAUGUAGAUAAGAAAGAUGGUCAGGAAAAUGCACCAUUUCCAGUCGAUACUGUCAUUAAUUAUGGCUGUAAUUCAUACUAUGAGAUCGAAGGAGAGUCAUCUCUUCAGUGUAGGUCUAAUAAGACUUGGAGUCAUCCACUCCCACAGUGCAAGCCAGCUUGUGGUCAGAAGGAUGUAACAGACACACAGUACUUGACUCGACAACGAAGAGCUAUGCCCCAUUCUACAGAAGCUUCAGGAGCAAUCGAAACUGCUCCAAGGAUAAUAGACGGAGAGGUGUCAUUGAAAGGGGAAUGGCCUUGGCUAGGGUUGCUUACCAUCUAUUUCCAAUCAUGUGGUGUGUCUCUGGUAAAUCGCAAUUGGGCUGUUACUGCUGCACAUUGUGUCGUUGAAGGUCGGAACAGAGUUAAGAGUAAGUCACUCAUGCGUGUCUAUUUUGGAAAACAUCAGUUUGUACAACAGGAGCAUGGACAGCAAGGACGAGGCGUACAUCGCAUUCUGGUACAUCCACAGUAUGGUGUAACAAACACGUUUGAUUAUGAUGUUGCACUGCUGGAACUCGAAGCACCAGUUGAUAUCAACAAAGUUGUUAGACCAGUGUGUCUUCCUCCUCUUUCGUCUUCUUACGUUGGUGAUUAUGACAAAGUUGGGAUGCGGGCAGUAGUGACUGGUUGGGGAAAAACGAACAACGAUCCCGAUGCUAGAGUGGCUCGACAAUUGCAUAAGGGAGUUGUAGAGAUAGCAUCUCACGAUGAUUGCAAAGGAGUCAUGGGAAAUGUCACCGACAGAAUGGUUUGCGCAGGAAAAUACUCGGACACUUGCCAGGGAGACAGCGGUGGCCCUCUUGUCACUGUACAUCAAAAUCGAUGGUAUCUUUCAGGAAUAACAAGUUGGGGUCCCAAAGUCUGUGGCAACAGUAAAUACUACGGUGUCUAUACACGAGUCACAAAUAGCGAAAUUUUGAAUUGGAUUUACCUAAACAUCAAUACCUUAGUUUAAAAUAUUACUGCCAGCUAUCAGAUGUAAUAUUUUGUAUGCAAGGCGUAGAUGAUUUAAAGUAUCGUUUGGGAUACUUAACACGUUAGAUGUUGUGUGGAUAUAACGUGGUAGUAUAUGGUAGUUCGAUCUUUGUGAUUCGCAAGAGUUAAAAACAAUUUUGUUUGCCUAUUUUGUCACUUUAUGUAACAUGUACGUACAUGUGUAUACUACAUUGUUCAAUUACAGUAUUUAUUCGAACACUA